CCCACUACAUCCGCCAUAUAACAGUGCCAGCCCCACAUAACAGUGUUAGCUCCUAUGAGAUAGAUAGAUAUAAGACGGAUAGAAUAUAUACAUAUAAACUGGCUGAUAACAGAGAAAAACAACCCAAAUACACAUAAAAAGCACACAUGGUCUAUGAUACCACUUUCCUGUACCCUUCACCCCCAAUACCCACUGGACACACGUAUCACUGUAGCUGCAGGUGACAGUCAUGUGAUUGUCGCUGUAUGCCAGGGUGCCAAUGCCCACUGUAGCAGUAAUAAGCGUUCUAUAUUAUAACUUGUGCCAAUCACAUGCAGCCCAGUGUGUUAUCGCACCAUGUUCACACUACACCAUGUGCAACAGGUUACAGCCAUAAAGAGGGCACACAGCGGGCACAUGUCAUGAUGGCAGCUCAGUGCCCACCACUAACCCUGCAUACAUGUGCUCUAAAAUCUGCACGGAGGGGGCACCAGCCAUUGUGGAACUACAACUCCCAGCAUGGCAGGCUGCUCCUUGUCGUGCAGAAAGCCGCUUUCCCACCUGUGCCAUCCAUGCAGCCUGGGGUUGACUUUGGUCAAAAAUAUGGCUGAAUUAUUUCUGGGCAAAGUGUUGUUAAAAAAUAACCGUGAUCAGGACGAGUUGGACACGGACCAAGAGAUUUGGCAGAGACUGGAAAAUCGUGUUCUUCUUUUGUACUUUGCGGAGUCAGGAUGUUCACGCUGUCAGGAGUUUGCGCCGCUUUUAAAGGAUUUUUUCACCAAACUGACUGAUGAGUUCUACGUGAACCGAUCCUCUCAGCUUGCCCUGGUUUAUGUGUCUCUAGACCGCACGGAGGAGGAUCACGAAAGCUUCAUAAAGGACAUGCCGAAACGGUGGCUAGUGAUUCCUUUCGAGGAUGAAGAGUUUAGAAGGGACCUGGAAAUUCAGUUCUCAGUUUCCGAAGUACCAGUCCUUGUAGUCCUGAAGCCAUCCGGACAGAUCAUCUCUCUAAACGCAGUGGACGAGGUGACUCGACUCGGACCUUCAUGCUUCCAGAAUUGGCAGGAAGCCUCUGAAAUCAUUGACAGAAGUUUCGUCCUUCCAGAAUUCACUGACUCGACAGCCUCGAGGAGUGUCACCGACCCCAUCCGUAGAAUAAAGUACAAAUUGGAGGACACCAAGAAGAAGAAGGAGCGGCCAGGAAGGGACGAUGAUGACGAUGGAGGUGGUGGAGGGGGAGGGGGAACUGGUUUCUUCUGAGCAGAACUCAUCAAUAGAUGUAUUUAAUAUCAUGGAUCAAUGGAUGCAGAACUGGACAUACUAACUAAUUCUUAUUCAAAAUCUUCUUUUGUUCUAGCCAAUACCGUAUAUAAUAGUUUUUAUAGCUUGAUUUAUGUCAUUUGUAUAUAAUCUCUCUAAGAUCUCAUUACAUGCUGGUAAAUUGGCUCCUUUUGAUGGUGGUCCUGGUGUGUUUUUGGGGGUAGGGUUGUCUAGCUAUGCAGGCUGGGUAUAAGAUAUAUCUCAGUUGUGCUCGUUGACCUUGCCUAGACAAUUCAUUUUAUUUCAACCAUGGUCAA